GCUGCGCUGCGGUGCGGUGUCGGGCCGGCGGCGCGGCGCAGUGCAGGAGCGGUAGUCGGAUCCGGGAGUAGGGCGGCGGGCAGCACCGCCGCUUGGCUGGAGUCUGGCGAGGAGGCAGUAGCAGCAGCCUCUGGCCGGCGGGGUGAAGCGAAGCGGCCGACGGGUCUCGCUGUUCUCCUCCCCUUUUCCGCCUUUCCUGUGAGCCGCUCCCCGCCCGGGUCCCGCGGGUGCAGCAUGAAGUGCAGCGAUGGCCCGGAGAGGUAAGACGGCGGUGAGGACGCUGGAAGACCUGACGCUGGACUCCGGGUAUGGUGGCGCGGCGGACUCGGUGCGCUCCUCCAACUUGUCGCUGUGCUGCUCGGAUUCGCACCCCGCGUACCCCUAUGGAGGAAGCUGCUGGCCGCACCUAACUGACUCCAUGCACAGUCGGCACAACAGCUUCGACACUGUCAACACCGUCCUAGCGGAAGACUCCGAGGUGCUGGACUGCGCGGGGCAGCAGUGCUCCCGGCUCCUGCCCGACCUUGAGGAGGUCCCCUGGAGCCUGGAGGAGGUGGAGGCGCUGCUGCUGCCCCCGUCGCGCCGGGAGCCGCGGGCGCCGGCCGCCGCCAGCCCCGGGAGCCGGGAUGCGGCGGCGCGACUCUCGACGCUGGUGAGCCGGGCGCUGGUGCGCAUCGCCCGGGAGGCGCAGCGGCUAAGCCUCCGCUUCGCCAAGUGCACCAAGCACGAGGUGCGGAGCGCCAUGGAGAUCGUCCUGGGCUGGACGCUGGCGGCCCGCUGCACAUCGGCCGCCCUGGGUGCCCUCUCCCUCUACAACAUGAGCAGCAGCGGCGGCGACCGCUUCAGCCGCGGCAAGUCGGCGAGGUGCGGGCUGGCCUUCUCCGUGGGCAAGUUCUACCGGUGGAUGGUGGACAGCCGCGUGGCCCUGCGCAUCCACGAGCAUGCCGCCAUCUACCUCACCGCCGGCACCGAGAGCCUCUUCCGCGACAUCCACGCAAGGGUGCUGGCCGGCCCCGCCGCCCCGCUCCCGCCGCCCGGCCGCCCCCCGGCCGCCGCCACCCCAGCCGAGAAGGAGAAGGAGGGCGGCGAGGCGCCCCGGUUCACCCUGGAGGCGUUGGAGCAGACGGUCAACAACGACCCCGAGCUCUGGGGCUUGCUGCAGCCCUACCAGCACCUCAUCUGCGGCAAGAACGCCAGCGGUGUUCUCUGCCUGCCAGACAGCCUGAACCUUCACAAAGACCAGCAAAGGUCAAACAAGCCCGGGGAAGUGCAGAUGUUCAGCCAGUCAGAGCUGAGGACCAUCGAGCAGUCUUUACUUGCUACUCGUGUGGGGAGCAUUGCUGAACUCAGCGACCUGGUGUCUCGAGCGAUGCACCACCUCCAGCCUCUCAACGCCAAGCAGCACGGGAACGGGACACCAAUGCACCAGAAGCAGGGAUCGUUCUAUUGGGAGCCAGAGGCUCUGUACACCCUCUGCUACUUCAUGCACUGUCCACAGAUGGAGUGGGAAAACCCUAAUGUGGAGCCGUCAAAAGUCACGCUGCAGACCGAGAGGCCGUUCAUUGUGCUGCCUCCCCUGAUGGAAUGGAUACGGGUUGCUGUGGCUCACGCAGGGCACCGUCGCAGUUUCUCGGUGGACAGCGAUGACGUACGGCAGGCAGCGAGGCUCUUACUGCCGGGAGUUGACUGCGAACCUCGACAGUUAAAAAUCGACGACUGUUUUUGUGCAUCUCGGAAACUGGAUGCAGUUGCCACUGAAGCGAAGUUCAAGCAGGACCUGGGUUUCCGGAUGCUCAACUGUGGCCGAACAGAUCUGGUUAAACAAGCCAUAUCCUUGCUGGGGCCGGAUGGGAUUAACAGCAUGAGUGAACAGGGCAUGACUCCACUGAUGUAUGCUUGUGUCAGGGGUGAUGAGGCUAUGGUGCAGAUGCUGCUAGAUGCUGGAGCAGAUCUGAAUGCUGAGGUUGUCAGUACUGCUCAUAAAUACCCAUCCGUCCACCCUGAGACCCGCCAUUGGACAGCUCUGACAUUUGCUGUGUUGCAUGGACAUAUUCCUGUAGUUCAGCUGUUGCUGGAUGCUGGAGCAAAAGUAGAAGGUUCCUUGGAGCAUGGAGAAGAAAACUACUCUGAAACUCCUUUACAGUUGGCAGCAGCUGCUGGAAAUUUUGAACUGGUCAGUUUGCUGUUGGAGCGAGGAGCUGACCCCAUGAUAGGAACAAUGUACAGGAACGGCAUUUCCAUGACUCCACAAGGUGACAUGAACUCUUUCAGUCAGGCUGCUGCACAUGGACACAGCCAUCCAGAGGAACAUAGAUACAGGAACGUCUUUCGCAAGCUGCUUGCUCAGCCAGAGAAGGAGAAGAGCGAUAUUCUGUCACUGGAGGAGAUCCUGGCUGAGGGGACGGACUUACCCGACUCAGCAGCAGCUCCGCUCUGUGCCAGCCGCAACAGCAAGGCCAAGCUGAAAGCCCUGAAGGAGGCCAUGUACCACAGCGCUGAGCACGGCUACGUGGAUGUGACCAUUGACAUACGGAGCAUAGGUGUUCCCUGGACACUGCACACAUGGCUGGAGUCCUUGCGCACAUCCUUCCAGCAGCACAGACGACCCCUCAUCCAGUGUCUGCUAAAGGAAUUCAAGUCCAUCCAGGAAGAAGAGUACACAGAGGAGCUCAUCACACAAGGGUUGCCUCUGAUGUUUGAGAUACUUAAAGCCAGCAAGAAUGAAGUGAUCAGCCAGCAGCUCUCUGUCAUUUUCACUCAUUGCUAUGGACCCUACCCUAUUCCGAAGCUUGUUGAAAUUAAGCGCAAGCAGACCUCUCGCCUUGAUCCCCAUUUUCUUAACAACAAAGAGAUGUCAGAUGUUACAUUUCUGGUGGAAGGAAGACCAUUUUAUGCACAUAGAGUGUUGCUGUUUACUGCAUCACCAAGGUUUAAAGCACUGCUGUCUAGCAAGCCUGCGUCUGAUAGUACUUGUAUUGAGAUCAACUAUGUGAAGUACCCCAUCUUUCAGCUGGUUAUGCAGUAUCUUUAUUAUGGAGGUGCAGAGUCACUCCUGAUUAAAAAUAAUGAAAUUAUGGAGCUUCUCUCUGCUGCUAAAUUUUUCCAGCUUGAAGCUUUACAACGACACUGUGAGAUCAUUUGUGCAAAAAGCAUUAAUACAGAAAACUGUGUGGAUAUUUAUAAUCAUGCCAAGUUUCUCGGAGUCACAGAACUAUCUUCCUAUUGUGAAGGCUACUUUCUAAAAAAUAUGAUGGUCCUCAUUGAAAACGAAGCGUUCAAACAGCUGUUGUAUGACAAGAAUGGAGAAACGUCUGGUCAAAAUGUACUACAGGACUUACAGAGGACGUUGGCCACAAGGAUUCAGUCAAUCCAUUUGUCUUCUUCAAAGGGCUCCAUUGUGUAAAGCUGUGGAAGACGGUAACGCUCUAAUAAAGACCCUGCAAGUUAA